AUGUCUCCUCUCGCAGCCAGAACAGCCCAAAACAGUCACUUGGCGACGUCGCCGGCUACCGGUAGUCGCCACAUGGAGUUGCUAACAGCUCACCGACGCGUUGAUCCACGAUUUCGGUACAUGGCAAUGCUGCUCGUGACCUGUUUGCUUUCAGGCCUUGUGGCUUAUGUGGUUCUUCGAGUCGGAGAAAUCACUUCGGCUGCUCAACACCCCCCAGUCGAAACCAGCCUCGAGCCAUGGGAUGGUGUUGGGCGUUGGGCAGUAUGUCCUGGGGAUUUCACGGAACUCAAGGAAGCGGGCUACAAGAUUUCAGGAGAAACGGUCAUGGAGACGUCGAUUGAAUAUAUACCACAUGUCAGCGGAAAGUCGCUGCAUUGCCUCAUCGUGGACUUACGCAGUUGGCGGUGGAGUUCAAAACAACCUUGGUUUACACUUUGUGGUGUUGGGUAUAUUCAAAUUUAUGUGUGGUCAGAAGAACAUUGGCAAUACGUGGCGCACGAGAAUUAUGGCAACUAUGCAGGGUUCCGUGUGCAGAAGCGCAAGCUUGGAAGACACAAUGGAGUUGAUACAAAUGUGCACGACGUGUUCUCAUUCAGCAACUGGGGGGAGGAUACACCAAUUUCUGAUGCCAGAGAGAGAUGUUCAGUGUGGACACCUGUGCUAGAUCAGCCAACACCGUCAAGCGGUUGCGGGGCCCUUCAAUUCUUCAUACAAGAUUCCUAUGUGGAAGUGCACAUUGAACAAGGCGUGAUGCCGCAGGUGUGGACCUUGUUCGGCAGUGUUGGCGGCUAUCUCACGAUUCUAUCGCUCAUCUUCAAUCUAUGUUUUGUGAGAAAAUACCCCGAUGGCCCGAUUGCAAAGGAGUACGAUGCCCUGACCUGGACUGGCGAGGCGUGGUGCAGUUCUCUAUUUGCUACAGUUUCACAGAGGCGUGAUCCCGCGCCGGAGACGCUCGGUUUUUCACAGAGGCGCGAUCCCGCGCCGGAGACGCUCGGCUUCCCUGUGUUCCCCCCAGGAAUACGCCAGCCCGCCGGCGCGAAUGCGCAGGCGAGUGAGUAG